AUGUCCGAGAAUAUCAUCACCCAGGUGUCUCAGGACCAGCCUGUAGCGCACACAACGUACGAGGACUCCGACUACAACUCCAAAAUCCAACUAAAUGUUCGUGGGAGCCGGUUUACCAUCACCAGAGAUGAUUUGAUGAGCUUGCCCGAAAGCAUAUUGUUAGGCUUAUUUCCCAAUGGUGUCUUUUUGGAUGAAGAGGGCCACGUCAUCUCGAACUUAACAGAGGAAGACAUCGUAUAUGUCAACUUUGACCCCUUAUGUUUCGAGUACAUUAUCGAUGUUUUUGGUACCGCACAACGUGAACUUGAAGCAGAAUCUCCACAUCUUCUGCCCCAGCCAACAAGCCACGCGUACGCUGGCUCUGAGUCGGUAGCUCAGGUACUUCUGCGCAAGCCUGCCAUCAUAGUCUUGCGUGAAGAUCUCGAUUACUAUGUCAUUCCUCCCAAAGCCGGCAUGAACGCCGACGCUAUCCGACACCUCAAGUUGGAAGUGGGUGGUCAACUUCUUAACAACAAACUGGUGUUUGCCGGCUUGGGCUACGACCCUGAAGGAAACUCCGACCAGAACUUGGGUCCUGCAGAGCGCCAUUUGUUCGAUAUGCUUUGUACCUCUGGAUUCGUUCCGCUUGAAACCUGGGGAAACCGGUCUCCAGAACCAUCCAAGUGCGUUCUUCAUUCUUUACUGUUGGUGAGACUACAAACAGCACUGCCCACACCACCGGAGCUGCCGCUGCCUUCGUUGGACCCUGUUACUAGCAAUGGUCUGAGAAAAUCUCGACUGAGAAUCGCAACUUUGGCACAUAGCGCCCUGAGAGCGGCGCUGAGAUCGCUCCUGAGGUCGCGCAAGGCUGAUGCCAACGAGAGCAAAUUGCUUCUUUUCUGGCGGAAACCAGCUAGAAAAUGUUGGUGGGCCAAUGAGUGCGUCCAGGUGGACGGUGUCGACGUCAAGGUGCAUCUCCGGCGCGUAUGGACGUUGGAAUUGAGUGUGGUGGGUGUGCAAUAG